UGACGCGUUUGACGUUUCCGAUAUAAUCAAUAAAAAAAUGUCUGCUCGUGUUUAGUUUUUUUUUGGUUUUUAAACGCGAUUGCCAGUCUCCGUAAGCCGUGGUAGAUAUCAUAAAUGUUUAAAAUCUUUAUUAAUUUCGUCUAGAAGUACAGUAUGUAGAUUAAACAUGGAAGGCGAAUUUGUGGUAUCGUGAAAUUUAAAAUGUAACAUUUCCAAGGUAUUUUUAACUAAUCGCGCACAUUGUUGAUUCUAAAUAAGUUCGUUUAUUUAUUCUACGUGAAUUUGCGAGGUAUUUGUACAAAACUACACUAAAAUGGAGAUUAUAGAGGACUUCGAAUAUGCCCCUAAAGAUAUUUUGGGUCAUGGAGCCUUUGCUGUUGUGUACAAAGGAAGGCACAGAAAGAAUAAAAACUUUGCGGUAGCUAUCAAGUGUAUAGCUAAGAAGAAUCUGGCAAAAUCGCAGAAUCUACUAGCCAAGGAAGUUAAGAUUCUCCAGGAAUUGACUGCGUUGCAUCAUGAACACGUUGUCGCUUUGCUGGACUGCCAAGACAAGGAUAAUAGUGUGUAUUUAGUGAUGGAAUUUUGCAGUGGUGGCGAUUUAGCUGAUUAUUUGACAGCUAAAGGCAGCUUAAGUGAAGACACAAUACGUCUGUUUUUAAAUCAGUUGGCUGGUGCUAUGAAGGCCCUGCACGCCAAGGGAAUCGUUCACAGGGAUUUGAAGCCUCAGAACAUUCUUCUGAGUUACCCCGGAUUGCCACUCGGACCAAAAAAGUAUCCGCCUCCGACAGAAAUUAAAUUAAAAAUCGCUGAUUUUGGAUUCGCCAGGUUCCUGCAAGAUGGCGUGAUGGCAGCUACUUUAUGCGGUAGUCCCAUGUACAUGGCGCCGGAAGUGAUCAUGUCUCUCCCUUAUGAAUCCAAAGCCGAUCUGUGGAGUGUUGGAACGAUCGUUUACCAGGCUCUGACUGGGAAAGCGCCGUUUUACGCCAGAAGUCCUCAGGAAUUGAAGACGUUUUACGAGAAAACUCCCGUUUUAAUUCCCAAAAUUCCUCCAAGUACUUCGCCAGAACUGCACGAAUUAUUGAUGGGGCUUCUCAAAAGAAGCCCGAAAGACAGGAUGGAGUUCGAGAUAUUUUUUAACCACAAAUUUUUGCAAAGGGACCCGGUCCAGCAUCAUCAAAGUCCUAUACAAAGUGAACUGCCUCUUCCAAUAUACGGUUCGUCUCCGCUAACCAAAGUUCCUUUAAAACCGUCGACGCCUGUAAAGGUGGCAACACCGCCUAGAUCGCAACCGGAAUCGCCUAGGUCUGCCAGGACGGCGCUCAGCUCCAGUCCUGAAGAUGAUUAUGUUAUAGUGUCGCAGAAUAUCCAGAUCCAGUCCGAUCAGUCCAUCGACAUGAGCCUUGAAAAGGACAAGGACAAAGAAAAGGAAACAUUCAACAUGCAGUUGCCUGUUAGGACCGGUAUUACUAACUUUGAACCGGGAGCGCUCAUUAGCCCUACAAGACCCAACUUUUUGCCUAUAUCUGAGCCCAUUCCUGUGCCCACGCAGAGGGCAGCGUUUGAGAGGAUGCACUCGCAAAAGAAAGGAGAAGAUACGCAGGCUCCGCCCUCACCGGAACCAAUAAAAAGUAGCACAGUGCCAAGAUCUCAACCAAUCACUAUGAAGCGACCUCCAGACAGACAGAUGAGCACGGAUAUUGAUAUUGCAUCGCUGUCGCCUCCAUCUGUUCAAUUUGUGAUUGGAACGCCACCUGGUGGCGGUAGGAGGCGUUCAACUUCCAGUUCUUUGUGUGAAACCCCGCCCCCUCCUAGUUUGUGGACGGUGUCGCCAACUAGCGCCAAAAAUAUGCCACUAAGUUCACCCUUAAAACGUUCAGGCACAUCUCCUCCCAUGUUGAGUGGUCCCUUGGCCAGGGUGCCAAUUUUGAGUAGUCCUAACUUGAGCGACAACAACAAUUUGGGUCGUUCUCCUAUUAUACCUUUCUGUACCCGAGCAGUGACAUUGCCAGAGAUCUCUGAAAUGGGCAACUACCAUGCCCUGUUUCAAAACACGGAAAAUGACGCUGCCACUUGCGAACCGCAACCUAUUUCUUACACGGGUCCUGAAUUACCGGAAGAGACUCUUUUAGAGAAGGAACACAACGAAACCCUAGCCAAGAUCAAUUUUGUCCUUGCCCUGAGCAGUUGCAUCAUAGACUUGGCUUCCCAGAGGGCGGCACCUAUCAACGCGUUGGUGAACAACGUCACUAAUAAGGGCGGGGCCAAUCCCCUCCCCACCACCGAAACGGACAGGCGCACCGAACAGUUUGUCCUGUUGGUGCGCGCGCUUCAGCUGCUCAGCAGCGGGUUGGCUUUGGCCACGAAACAGCUGAAAAGCGGUCAGCUUAGGCCUAGCACUACUGUGAAAAAUGUUGUUUCUACGCUUAACACGAAGUUUCGUACCACCCUGCUUGAAUGCAAGCAGCUCAACAGUACCGGAUUAUUGAACAAGAUCACCACAACCGAUAUCACAGCUGAUAAAAUUAUCUACAACCACGCUAUACAGAUGUGUCAAACAGCGGCAUUGGACGAACUUUUCGGCAAUCCGGGCGAAUGUUUCCAACGGUACCAGACCGCUCAGAUUCUGUUGCACAGCUUGUCUCAGCAAGUGCAAAAUCCUCAGGAUAGAGGACUCUUAACUAAGUACAAAGACGCUGUAGAGAAACGCCUCUACGUUCUACAGCAACAGGGUUAUAUUUUCGCUACCGAUCUACACUAAUUUAACAAAAAAGGAUCGACUUUUUUUUAAAAUAAACAUACAGCUGACAAUGUAUUUUUUUAUUAGAUUUUCCGGUAUAAAAAUAUGGGGCUUUUCAGCGAAAAAUAUUCAAAAUGACAUAAUGUAGACCUUCAAAUUUAAAACGUUUUUUGACAUAACGAAGUUUUUGGCAGUGUCAGAUUAAAUCAUUGAAUUUAUUUUCAGAAAAAUAUUAUUGUUAAAUAAAAAUGAUGAUUUAGUUAGAAAGAAACCAUGAAUUUAUAUUUGAAGGCGCUUUUUUCAAGUAUUUUUCUCUUGAACAAAAUAGAAAUUAUUCAAAUAGUUGUUGCUAAAAAAUUUGAUAGGUUUAUUUUGAUCAUUAAUAAUUAAUUUAUAUAGUUUAAUCAAAUUCGUGAUAGUUAUUAACGAUAUAUGUAUACUUAUAUUUCUUCCUCGUAUUUACUACCUAUUGUAAGAUUAACAUUAGUAUUAUUUACAUAAAAAGAGUAAGGGUAUAUGUAAAGAAAUAUGUAAAGAUGUAAAAAAUGUUACUCUCCGUAGAUAUAUUAUCUAAUAUACAAGAUAUCAUUAAUUGGGUGAGAUAUUAUUAUCGUUUUUUAAUAUUGAUUGUUUUUUUUUGUAAGACGUUAAUCUUUAGUAUGUAUUCGACGAAGAUUUUUGUGAUUUUUUGUCAGUAUAUAUUUUAUUAGUUAUUAAUAAAUGAGCUGACUUUAACUUUU